AUGGCCGCCCUCUCAACAACCCUCCCGCUAACCCGCGACUCGGUCCUCCAAGCGCACAAAGUCAUCCAGCCGCACGUCCACCGCACGCCCGUCGUGACAAACCAGACCCUGUCCCAGCUGGCCUCGACUCCGCGAAGCCCUCAGGACCUCGAGGGCACGCGCUUCGCCGGCCGAACCCCUGCCAAGCCCGUCCUCAGGCUGUGGUUCAAGUGCGAGAACCUGCAGCGCAUCGGGGCGUUUAAGGUCCGGGGCGCAUUUUAUGCGCUUCAUCGGUUGAGUGAGGAGCCGGGAUGGGUGGAGGGGGGAGGCAAGGAGAAGGGCGUUGUGACGCAUAGUUCUGGCAACCAUGCCCAGGCCUUGGCCCUCGCCGCAAGAGAAAACGGCAUCGCAGCGCACAUUGUCAUGCCGCAAAUCUCCAUCCCCGCCAAAAUCGCCGGCACAAAGGGCUACGGCGCAAACGUCAUCUUCAGCGGCAGCACGAGUGUUGAGCGCGAGGCCGUCACGGAGCGCGUCAUUGCCGAGACUGGAGCGCGCCUUGUGCCGCCGUAUGAUCACCCGGACAUUAUGCUCGGGCAGGGAACGCUGGGACUGGAGCUGCAGGAGCAGGUUGAGAGGAGCAUUGCGGAGGGGAAGAAGAACAAGGAGCAGAAGAAGAGGGGUUUGGAUGCUGUGAUUGCGCCGUGUGGUGGCGGCGGGAUGCUCUCUGGUGUCGCGCUGAGCUGCGAGGGGACGGGCAUCAGGGUAUUUGGUGCUGAACCCUCGUAUCAGGGCGCCGACGAUGCGAAACGAGGCUACGAGUCGGGCGAGCGCGUGCCGACGGUGUCUUCCCUCACGGUGGCGGACGGCCUGCGGACGCCCGUGGGGUUGCACCCCUGGAGCGUCAUCUACGAGCGGCGCCUGGUGAGCGGCAUGUUCAGCGUCACGGACGAGGAGAUUCUGCGGGCCAUGAGGCUUGUGUACGAGCGGAUGAAGAUGGUUGUCGAGCCGAGCGCGUGCGUGCCGCUUGCGGUGGCGCUGUUUGACGAGGACUUUAGGAGUCUUGCGGAGAGGGAGGGCGGAGAGGAGGGAUGGGAUUUGGGGAUUGUGUUUAGUGGUGGGAAUGUUGCUGUUGAGGCGCUGGGGAAGUUGCUCGCUGGAGACAAGUGA